UUUUAAGAAACAACCUGGUGCCAGAAAACAAUUGGGAUUUGCAUGUGCUUGGUUAGUGGGCCCGUCAGACGCAUCCCUGUGAGCCCCCCAGCUCCCUAGCCCCGUCCCCAAGAGCAGAGCAGAAAAAAAUAAUAUUUUGCAGCUCAGAAUCAAGCACGCCCACGCAGCGAGAUGAGUUGGUUCGAGAAGGCCAAGACGGUGCUCAUCGAGGCCCUCGACAUCCAGGAUGACGACCGGGACAAGGCCGCCGAGCGAGAGGGCGCCGCUUCGGGGUCGGGCGGUAAAAGCGGAGGUUUAUCGGACUCAGGCGCUUCGGGCCCUGCCGCCGCAUCCGUUUCGCAGACGCCAGCCUCGGACACGCCCAAACCCACUUUCUUCGACAAUCCCCACGCCAACGAGAUGGUAACCAUUCCACCCAGAGCCAGCGAUCCGGCCGUAACCACGCCCACACCGACAUCCACAUCCGCUGCAACGGGCAUGGGUGGUAAUCCUUAUGCCAAGCGACAGUCGGCCACAUCGGACUCCGUCGACCUGCUGUCUUCGCCAUCGCCCACUUCGCCCGAGGGCGACGCCGCCUCCGCCAUGGAGAACUCGGAAUCCUCGCUGGAGCUCAUCACGGCGACGACGGCCAGCGAGAUAGAGAUGUCGCCGGACACGGAGCCCUCGCUGCCCGACAGCAUCGUGAUCAUAGCCAGCAAUGAGACUUCCGACAAUGCCGAAGGAGAUGGCGAAGACGACGACGACGACGAAGAUGAUGGCACACAGCUGGAGCGGCACCUGGAAGAUCAUCUAAAUGAUUCCACAAAGACCAUGAAGGCCCUGGUGUUCAGCGACACUCAAGCGGCCGCCAAUGUGACGGGGGGUGCCGAUUCGGACUCCACGCAGAGUUUCGAGGACAUCCAAAUGCAGAUGAGCCACAAGGACAAGGCCGGUGGACAAGGACAAAUGGGGGCCGAGGCCGGGGCCAAGGCGGAGAUGGUCGACCAGAGCUAUUCGUCCACCUCCUCGGACAUCGAGAUCAUCUCCAAUCCGAACGGGGACUCCAGCACCAACAGCACCACGACGCGCACGAGUCCGCAAAAGUUCAAGGAGCUGGGCAGCAGCCGGUCUGGGGCUGGGACAGGGACAGGGUCUGGGCUGGCAGGACAGGUGCUCAAGACCAAGGGGCACUAUCGUGAGCCCUCGGAGAUAUCGCUGCUGUCGGAGGACUCGCAGUCGGAGCUGGACAAGCUGGUGAAUCGCAUCAGCGAGCUAAAUCAAGUUAUCGAGGCUCGGGAACAGCGGCUGCUGCAGUCGGAGCGCCAGAAUGCCGAGCUAUUGGAGCGCAAUCAGGAGCUGCGCGCCUCCGUAGAGGCGGCGGCGAAUAGCGCCAACAGUCCCGAUGCCGCGGAGGCAGUGCAGCGGCUGUCGGCGCUGGAGAAGAAGUUCCAGACAAGCAUCCGGGAGCGGGAUGCGCUGCGCAUCCAGAUUAAGAGCCUCAAGGACGAGCUGCUUAACAAGAUACCCAAGGACGAGCUGGCCGAGUGCAACGAGAUGAUCGCAGCGCUCCAGUCGGAGGGCGAGAAGCUCUCCAAGGAGAUCCUCCAGCAGUCGAUCAUCAUCAAGAAACUGCGCUCGAAGGAGAAGACCUCGGACACGCUUCUCAAGAAAAACGGCGAUCAGAUUUCGCUGCUGUCCAGCGAAUCGGAGCGGCUGAAGAAGUCUCUGGCCGCCAAGGAGGAGAUGGAGCGCUCGCAAAUCGAGGCGGUGGGUCGGAUGACCCACGAGAAGCGACGCGUCGACGAGGAGAACGCCGAAUGCCGCAGCCGCGUCGAGGAUCUGCAGUCGAAGCUGUCGGCCCUCCAGUCCAGCUUCGACGGCGUCAGGGGCGAUCUGGUGAAGCGGACGCGCGUGGAGCAGGACAGCCUGAGAGCCGAGAAUCAGGAGUAUGUCCAACAGCUGGGCGACAUGCGGGAGAAGCUACGCCACGCCGAGCACAGCCUGGCCAAGCGGGAGCAGCAGCUACGGGAGGAGAACCGCCAGCUUCUGAGGCGCCUCGAGGCCGCCGAGCUUCGGGCGGAGAGCUCCACGCAGGAGCUGAGCAUCACCACCACCCCGCUCAUCCGCCAGAUCGAAUCGCUGCAGAAGACCCUCAACCAGCGCACGGCCUCGUGGAACAAGGAGGAGCAGCUGCUGAUUCAGAGGGCCGAAGAUGCCCAGCUGCAGCUGCGCUCGAUGCAGCAGCUCGAGUCCGUGCAGAACGAGAAGCAGGAGCUGCUGCGCACGCGCUGCGGACUCCUCGAAGCGAAGCUCUCCAGCGCCCUGGCGGAGGCGGAGAGUGCCAGAAUGUCCCUGCGCCAGCUGGAGCACGAUGCCAGCCUCAAAGAGAGCGCACACAGCAGGCAGCUGGCCACGCUGCUGGAGGAGCUGCAGGUGCAUCAGGAGAGGAUUGUGGGCCUGGAAGAGCUGCAGUGUCAGCAGCAGGAGAAGCAGCACGCCGAUGCCGGUGCCGAGGCCGAGCAGGAGGCUGUGAAGCGGCAGCCCGUGCCCAGCCUGCUUACCGUGGAGGCCGUCAAGGCCAGCAGCGAGAUGCAGCCACAAAAAGUCCCCGUUGAGCACUCGCCUCCGCUUAGUCUGGCCGAUGACAGCGGCUCCACGGAGGAGGCGAUGAUGGGCGGCAUCAUCGACUGGCAGACGGACGACCUGGACUGUGCCUCCAACUCGGGUCGCAACCAGUCUGGAAUCAUCCAGGGCGUCCACCUGAGCUUCAUGGCGGGCAAUACCACCACGCUGGAGCACCUGCAGUCGCUGCUGAAGCAGCGCGACGGCGAACUCACGCACCUCCAGUGGGAGCUGUCGCGCCUGCAGGCCGAGCGCGGAGUCCUCGAUGGAGAGAUAUCCCAUUUGACAAUUGAACUGGAAACGAUGAAGGAGAAAAUGCAGUCGUACGAGACCAUGGAGAAGUGCUACGAGGACCUGCAGCAUCGCUACGAUGCCCUGCUCCAGAUGUACGGCGAGAAGGUGGAGCGCACGGAGGAGCUGGAACUGGAUCUGGUUGAACUGAAGUCGGCCUACAAGCUGCAGAUCGACGAGCUGCUGGCCAAUCCACCCCCGAACCUGCAGAGGCCCGCGAAGCAGACAUGAUUGCCGGAACGAAGAAGGAUCUACUGUGCCCAAUCGUUGCCCGAUCUGGUAUGCCUGCGGCGAACCUAGAACCAUUCCCCAGUCGCCACUCCCAUUCCGCAUCCCGAUGGCUCAUAUUUGUAUCAUACAAUACUCUGGCUCUCGUCGGGGAAUGGGGGGGCGGACGGUGCGGCCAGAAGCUGUUGGCUCUCAUUCCUUUGCUUCUAAUCCCAGAUCUAGAUCCAGGUCCUCCCCAUGUACAAUAUUUAUGAUAUUCCCCUUCCCCCUUCCCCCAUUGUUUACC